UGAUAAUAUACAGACCUGUUCUGAAACAAGUAUGCUGUAAAACAUUUCCAUGCUAAUGCUGAUAUAUAUUUGUUAAUUUUUUUUGUAUUAAAUGUUGUUUGUUAAGUAAGUAAGAGAGUGAUUGAAAGAUGUAUAAAGAUUUAAAUAUUAAAAAUCAUAAGGAAAUGUACGAUGACGAAGAUUAUGAUAUUUUGAUGAAAAUAAUAAUAGUAGGAGAUUCUGGUGUUGGUAAAACGAAUUUAGUGAAUCGUUUUACUUAACAAACAUUUCUGGAUGAUAGUAAACCAACAGUUGGAGUUGAAUUCUUUUCUAGAAAUAUUGAUAUAAUGGGAAAGACAAUAAAGGCUUAAGUAUGGGAUACAGCAGGUUAAGAGAAGUAUAAAUAGAAUUAAAAAAGAGAUUUCGAGCAAUAACUCAUGCAUAUUAUAGAGGUGCAGUAGGUGCAAUGAUAUGUUAUGAUAUUACAAAAGAAUAGUCAUUUUUGAAUGUUGAGAAAUGGAUGGAUGAAUUAAGAGAUCAUGGAGAUUCUAAUUUAAUGAUGAUGUUGAUUGGGACAAAGUGUGAUUUAGAGAGUAAAAGAGUAUGGUAAUAGUUUCAAUUAGGUUGUGAGAAUUGAAGAUGGAGCAUAAAAAGCAUUGUAAUAUAAUAUGGCAUUUUUGGAGACAUCAUCAUUGAAGGCUGUAAAUGUAGGAAAGGCUUUUUCAGUUUUGCUUGAAAGUAUGAAUGAAUUUUGACUUUAGAGAUUUAUGUUGGAGUAGAUAAUUAAGGAAAGGAAUAUUAGAAGAGAACAAGUUUAAAAUUAAGUUCUGAACCAAUUGGAAUAUAAAUGAAUUAAUAACAUAAAAUAGAAAUGAAAACUAAAUAGAAGAAAUAAUGUUGUUGAGAAUGAG